UUAAAGAUAUUGAAGAGACAAUAAUUGCGUCAGGUCAGGCAGUAGAGGAGAUAUUGAAUCUCUUUAGCUUUUGAGGAACCGAUAGCGAUUUAAAUAAGUGAAAAAUGGUCGAGGAACAGAGGCGUCGUGUAGAGGACAAGAUGUCCAAUAUGGUAGAAGAGAUUGACAAGACGUACUUACGAAAGAUGCAGAGCGACAUGCAUAGGUGUGCAGCUUCCUGCUGCGAUAAUCAAUCCUACAGUAUGCAGAGAGUUCAUCAAUGCGUCGAGAAUUGUAGCACGCCUCUCAACAAGGCCCAGCAAUACGUUCAGGGUGAACUUGAACGAGUUCAGACAAGGCUGCAGAGGUGCGUAAUGGAGUGUAACGAUAGCAUAAGGGAUCAAAUGCCGCCAAACCCCUCGCAGGACGAAGUGAACAAAUUUAGCGAUAGCUUUGAGAAGUGUGCUACUAAAUGUGUUGACGUAUACUGUGAUUUAUUGCCCUCUCUCGAAAAAACAAUGAAAAAUAUACUAUCCAGUUCAAAGUUCGACCAAUGAUGAUGGCCGAUUAUGUUAUCCUAGGAGAGAUCUUAUUUGUAGCGAAUAAUUAAUGUGGAUUAUAAUUCAACUUGUUAUUUUCACGAAGCCUCAUACUCUCUGACCAGGGUUGACUCACCAUGUACAAAAACAAUGCAAAACGUUGUUGUAGUUAAAAGGAAAACAAAAAACCUUGUUACCUCCGAUAAUUUUUAAACGUUACAGAAAAUAAAAUUACUUAUGUAAAGGA